AUGGCGAGGAGGACGAGGGACAAGCAGAAUCUCAAGUCUGCCGGGGAACAGGUGAUAAGUGAUCGACAGGAUCUGGUACUCGCGGGUGACGAAUCGACUGGAGCGGAUAAUGGUAUCAGUUUUGAAACGGGGGGAAGUGAGUCUGGAGGGAUAUGUCAGGCUGUGAUUGACAAGAAGAGUGGCUAUGGAUAUGUGUGUAUCACUGACGCAUCUGGCUAUGUAUCUCCAGAAUACAGAACGGGUCCUGAUCAGGAAGCUGGCUACAUGGUUGUUGAUAUAGCACCUGGCCAAAGAUGUAUGCGCUAUGGUUCUUGUGCGGUACUAUACAUACUUCGGUCAUAA